UGGCAGGGCAGAGGCGGUUUUCCGCGCGCUGUUUGGGACGGUUGCGGCUGAGGAGACCGGCGGCGGCGGCGCCGGUCUUUGAGGGGGGAGAAAAGAGACGCCGCGGGGCUCGGACAAGAGCUCAAAAGCCAGCGGGAGAUGGCCGGCGGCGGCGGAGGAUGUUUUUACACGCGACCGUUGGCCUCCGGCGCGGACUCGCCGCCGCUCCUCAGCCUGAGCGGCGGUCGAAACUCCAGGGGCCUGAGGAGGCGGUUAUGCUAGAGAAAGUCUUGGGAAUAACGACUCAAACCAGCAGUGCUUUAACCUGUGACCCAAACACGGGGCAGAUAGCCUAUCCAACAGGGUGUGUGGUUGUGAUUUUAAAUCCUCGACAGAAUAAACAGAGGCAUAUUUUUAAUACUGCUAGGAAAACCAUUAGUGCUCUAUCUUUCUCUCCUGAUGGGAAAUAUAUUGCAACUGGUGAGAACGGGCACAGGCCGGCAGUCCGCGUGUGGGAUGUCGAAGAGAAAGCCCAAGUGUCGGAGCUGCACGGCCACAAGCACGGCGUGGCGUGUGUGGCCUUUUCCCCCAAUAUGAAAUACCUGGUCUCGGUGGGAUAUCCGCAUGACAUGAUUGUCAACGUGUGGGACUGGAAGAAAGGCGCCCUCAUUGCCUCCAAUAAAAUCUCCUGCAAGGUUAUGGCCAUCUCCUUUUCAGAGGACAGCUACUUUGUUACUGUCGGCCACCGGCACGUGAAGUUCUGGUUCUUGGAUGAAUCCAGGGAGUUUAAGAUCAAACAGACCGUUCCACUGGUUGGACGCUCUGGUCUUCUCGGAGAGCUUCACAACAACAUCUUCUGUGAUGUGGCGUGUGGGCAGGGCAAAAUGUCAGGUAGCACAUUCUGCAUUUCUUACUCUGGCCUCCUCUGCCAGUUUAACGAGAAGCGCGUGCUGGAGAAGUGGAUUGACCUGAAGGUGUCUCUAGCCAACUGCAUCUGCGUUAGCGAAGAGUUUAUUUUCUGCGGCUGUGCAAAUGGGACCGUGCGCAUCUUCCACACCCACAACUUGCAUUAUCUCUCAGACUUGCCUAAACCGCACCACCUGGGCAUCGACGUCGCCGGAGACGAAAUGCUGAGAAGGCCAGGUGCCACCUACUCAGACACGAUUGCCUUGGCCUUUGACCCCCGCCACCAUUGGCUCUCCUGCGUUUACAAGGACCACAGUGUCUACAUUUGGGAUGUGAAGGACACCCGUCAAGUGGGGAAAGUGUGGUCCGACCUUUUCCACAGCUCGUUUGUGUGGAAUGUCGAGGUUUAUCCUGAGUUUGAAGACCACAGAGGAUGUUUACCUCCAGGGUCCUUCUUAACAUGCUCAUCGGACAAUACUAUACGGUUUUGGAACCUGGAAAAUGGCACACAUUUGGAUUUUCAGAAGAACGUCUACAGUAAUAACUUGCUGAAGAUUAUAUAUGUGGAAAAUAACAUCCAGCACCUGCAAGAUUUAACAAAUUUGCCAGACAGAGGUGAAAAUGCCAACUGCCUGGAUGUGAAAUCUGGUGUCCGUGUGAUGCAAGUCAGCCCUGAUGGCCAGCACUUGGCCUCUGGGGACAGAGCUGGAAAUCUGAGGAUACACGAGCUAAAAUAUAUGGAUGAAGUCAUUAAAGUGGAAGCUCACGAUUCAGAAGUUCUCUGCUUACAAUAUUCUAAGCCAGAAACGGGGAUGGCCCUGCUGGCCUCAGCGAGCCGAGACAGGCUGAUUCAUGUGCUAAACGUGGAGGAAAAUUACAAACUAGAGCAGACGUUGGACGACCAUUCCUCAGCCAUAACAGCUGUAAAGUUUGCUGGAAAUGGAGAGAUUCAAAUGAUCAGCUGUGGCGCCGACAAAAGCAUAUAUUUUCGCAGUGCGCAAAAGGUGUCGGACGGAAUUAACUUCAUCAGAACUCACCACGUUGCUGAGAAAACGACUUUGUACGACAUGGAUAUCGACAUAACACAGAAGUAUGUUGCGGUGGCCUGUCAGGACAGAAAUGUCAGGGUAUACAACACAGCCAGCGGGAAACAGAAGUGGUGCUACAAAGGCUCUCAAGGCGAUGACGGGUCCCUUCUGAAGGUCCAACUGGAUCCUUCUGGAACAUUCUUGGCCACCAGUUGCUCAGACAAGAGCAUUUCCAUUAUCGACUUCCACUCUGGGGAGUGUGUUGCCAAAAUGUUUGGACACUCAGAAGUCGUUACCGGGAUGAAAUUCACCUUUGACUGCAAACAUUUGAUCACCGUCUCGGGAGACAGUUGCAUCUUUAUCUGGCACCUGAGUCCUGAAAUUACCACCUGCAUGAAGCAGCACCUGAUGGACCUGGAUCAAGUUCAGCAGCAGAGGAAAGCCAGGGAGCCAGUGUGGCCUCAUCAGGUCAGGGGGGAGCCCUACAUUGCUCUGCCAGGCGAAGCGACUCCCUGUGGGACUGAACACCUGACUGACUAUGACACGGAGGAGGAGAGGGAAGAGGAAGACGCUGCUCUUCUGACGCCCCCCAAAGCUGUCACUGAUACAGCUCCUGCAUGCGUUCUCACCAAUGGGAAACUACCCAUGUGGGCCAAAAAGCUGCUCGGAGAGGCAGAUAAUGCAGACACCGGCGCCUUCAACUCCAGGGUGAGUUACCAGCCGCAAGGGCGAUGGGCAGAACGUGCCACCAAAGAGCCCAUUAAGACCAUGCUGGAUGCAGACCUGAAUUACUUCACCCCCAUUAAAAACAGCACCCUGCAUGACAGUGAGCUGGAACCGCAGAAUCUGAAUCAGCUGCUCUCGGAGGCCAAGGACUACCCCAGCAACAUUAUUGAAGAUUUCCAGCAGCCAGAUCUGUCCUCUGAUGAUGAGGCGAAAGAAGAGCUUGAUAUCAGUGGGGACAGCCUGUGCCCCGAACAGAGUGGCAGCAGGACCCCAGAGGGCGAAAGGAGCUACAUGAAGGAGCUGCUCCUUCAGCCGGCAUACCAGAAGGAAGAGGCAAACACCAAGGAGAAGCUGCCAGACAAAAUCUACUCUGUGACAUCCUUAGAUUCAGAGGUCUCUGCUUUCAGCCACCAGCAAGAAGUUUCGGAGGCAGAAGCGGAAAUGACCGACGUGGAUGAGAACUCCCAGCAGACCAGCUCUUUGCCCCAAACCCCCGAGCAAGAGAAAUACCUCCGGAAUCACUUUGAGACGCUGGCUGAUGCCCAGACUGAAGAAAAGUUUGAUGGCUGCCUAAAGGAUCUGAAGGCACCCGAAGAGGAAGAGGAGGAGGCUGCCUUGUUCCAGAACCCUCGCCUGAGUAUAUCUACCCGUUUUCUCUCCAGCUGCCAAAAAAACAGCAGGUUUGCAGCUGCCUUUCUUCCGAGGGUCCGUCAACAGUCUCAGGCCGCUGCUGCAGACCAACUGGCAGAGGAGAGUCUGCUGUCCGACGAGCACAAGAAACCAGAGAAACUUUCUGAAGAAACCAACUGUGAGCUGAAGGAAAAUCUUGAUGCCAGAACAUUCAGCGCCUCAGAAUCACAGGUCCUGGUCAAAAACUUUGAAAUAAACCUGCAGCCUUUGUGCACCAAGUUUCAAGAGACUUUGCAGCUUUACGAUCAGGUGACAUCUUGCAGCCACUCCACCGAGGAGGAGCUUCUCCACAUAAAGAACCAGCUGGCUAGCACUUUUUCCUGGAUGAAAAGGGAGCUGGACUCCCGAGCCGUCAGGAACAACGCGGACGUGGCAACGGCCACAGACAGCCCGUCGCCCUGGCUGAAGCGCCUUCAGGACAGCGAGACCCGCUCUCUCUUGAAGCAUUACUCCGACUCGCUGCUGAACAUGGUCCAGAAGAAGCUGGAGGAAACCCACAAGGCGGAUGUCGCCUGAAUCGCCCCAGGCAAGGGAUACAUCUGCCCCGCCCCCAAACAAACUUUAUUGCAGCGCUGAGGUCAAGAGAACUUGCCCAUUAAUUUCCGUGUGACUCCUGAGGAGUUAACAGCAGUCAAAAAGGGAACGGAUUAGGGUUUAUAACUCUAGUCUCUCUUUCCU